UAAUUCAUGAUAAAUAUGACGUUGAGAAUCGAACUGGCUUUGCAAACUCAAUAACCAAAUCGUGAAUUUCAACAAGAGAUGUGAGUUACUUCCCUUUGACUAAAUCUCCUCUUCGUCCGGUCUGCUCAUCGAGUUGAGUGGGCGUGAUACGCUUGAAAAAUCCGAGGACAUCUACAAAGCUGAUGCACACAUUUAGGGCAUCAGUUCAAAGAGUUGCAUGGGGCCAUUUGCAUGUGUUUUCGGACCAUCACGGGACGAGCGCGUGACCGACCUCGAGUUGUCUCUAAUCAGACAGCCUCAUAAGACACAUUCACUCAUGAUCUAAUGAGGGUUGACGGUGCAACAUCAACACUUGGAGGACGCAGUGGCCGCUAUACAGGUUCAUACAAGCUAUAUGUCAAUGCCUGAAGUCCUUCGCGUCAAGGUGCAAGUACAGUCGAUUCGAAGUCGGUAAUUUGGGAGGUGACAUUAAGAAGUCGAGAAGUAGAGCGUGUCUUGACGAACAGGGAUCCCUGACAUGGCGGGUCUACGUGUGGCUGUGAUCGGUUCCGGGGUUGCGGGUCUGGCGUCUGUCAAGUCCUGUCUGGAGGAGGGACUGGAGCCUGUCUGUUUUGAACAACACAGUGACAUUGGCGGAACAUGGUACGUCACUGAAGAGUUCAGGCCAGGUCAGGGUGCAAGGGCGUACGAUUCGCUUAUACUCAACACGAACAAGGGACUGACGUGCUUCAGUGACUUCCCCUUUCCCGAGGAUGCUCCGCCAUUCCCGACAGGACAACAUAUGUAUCCGUACCUGAAAAGCUACGCGGAGACAUUUGGGCUGGAGAAAUACAUUCAGUUUAACACAAAGAUCCAUACUGUAACUAGAAGCAACGAUUAUGAAACCACCGGAAGUUGGGACAUUGAGACGGAAGUAAAUGGCGACCGGAAGUGGACGACAUUCGCUGCGGUGUUUGUCUGCACUGGUGUCAACGCCCAGGCUUAUACUCCCAACAUCGAAGGUGUUGAGAAGUUUGCAGGAACUGUUGAACAUUCUCAGACAUUCAAAUCAGGGUCCAAAUAUCAGAACCAGAGGAUACUUGUUGUUGGCAAUGCCCACUCAGCUGGGGACGUGGCCACCGAUACCAGUAGACACGCUCAGCAAGUCUAUUUAUCUGUUGGGAGAGGAACAUGGAUACUGGGUCGAUGUCAGGACGGUGGUAUUCCCUUGGACUUUAUGCUGAGGCGUAUUUUCACUAUGUUACCACUUCCGGAAUCCUUAUUUGGCAAGGCCAUCAUGAGAAAAGCAAACGCAAGACUUGAUCAUGUGAAAUACAAGCUGUACUCGGGGAUACCCGCCCCUGUCGGCGCUGUCAUGAUUAAUGAUGAACUUCAAAUGAGGAUUGUUUGCGGGAAAGUUAAAAUCGUGGGAAAUCUCGCGAGACUUGGCGAGAGACAUGCGGAAUUCGACGAUGGGACAACGGUCUCGGACCUUGAUGGUGUAAUAUUUGCAACAGGAUUGCAACGGAAUCUACCAUUUCUCGACCCUGUCGUGGGAGCAAGUGAGGAGAAACUGGAAUGGUACCAGAUGGUGUUUCCAGUUCAUCUUCCACACGCGACGAUGGCCAUGAUUGGCUUUUUCAGAACCCAAGGCUCCCUGGUACCCGUAGCUGAGCUUCAAGCACGGCUCGCUGCAAGAGUGGUCUCCAAGAAACACAAACUUCCUACUAAAUCUGUGAUGCUGAAAAAUAUUGAUCGAUGGAAUAAUAGCUUCCUGCGAACAUAUGGGUACUACAAAUAUUCGUUUCCGAAUGUUCAGUUUAGGGACGAAAUAGCUGCGGAACUUGGGGUGAAGCCAUCUUUGUUGGAGGUCUUGAAGCUUGGACCAACUGUUGCAUUCCAGUAUUACUUCGGCCCUGCCUUCACCGUGCAUCAUCGCCUCACUGGCCCCGGAGCUUGGGACGGAGCAACACGAGCAUGCGCAGAGGCACAGCUUGGGGGCUUUGCAAAACAGCCUCGUAAAGUGCCGGAGAUUAAAACAAAUAAGCAUUUUCUGUUGGGGCUAAUUAUUUUACCUGUUUUGUUUGGAAUAUUGUGGGCAUUUAUCUUGUAGGGAACAUAGUGUUUCUUCAAAGAGAGACAGUACGUGUUUCCGUUUUACCGCACAGUAUUUUUAGCCUGAGAUUUUGACAUUUCUUCAAAGAGAGA